AUUAAUACUUAAGUGACAAAUUUUUAUAAACAUAAAUUGUUCAUUUUAAUCCUCUAAGAAAUUUCAUUCUUUGACUUCAACUCGAAAACUAUGGCAAAACACAUUAUUUAUGCCAAUCUGUUUAUUUUAUUUCUAAAUGGUAUUCACACAAUUUCUGUUAUUCAACUGCAAAAUAAACCAAAAUGUUUAUUUGUAUGUCGACCAGAACAACGAUGUCCAAAUAUUACUCCAGACAAUUGUGAUGGUCGAAUUCUUCCUCCAGGUACAAUUUGUAAUUGUUGUCCUGUAUGUGAUCGUUCAAAACCAUCGGAAGAAGAUUGUUUAAAAAAAUGUGAAACAGUUCGUUGUGCAAACCUGCAAGAAACAGAUUGUAAUUCAACAUCUGUUUACAUUCCACCAUAUACUGAUUGUAAUUGCUGUGGAUUAUGUAGACAAAAAGAAGAAAGUUGCUAUGAUAAAUGUGCUUCUGUGCUUUGUGCACGUCUCGAUAAAGAAGAUUGUAAUGGUAUUUACACUCCUGCAGGAACAAAUUGUAAUUGUUGUGCUACAUGUGAGCCUUCAACCCCAUCGGAAGAAAAUUGUUUAAAAAAAUGUGAAACAGUUCGUUGUGCAAACCUGCAAGAAAAAGAUUGUAAUUCAACAUCUGUUUACAUUCCACCAUAUACUGAUUGUAAUUGCUGUGGAUUAUGUAAACAAAAAGAAGAAAGUUGCUAUGAUAAAUGUGCUACGGUUCUUUGUGCACGUCUCGAGAAGGAAGAUUGUGAUGGCAUUUACACUCCUGCAGGAACAAAUUGUAAUUGUUGUGCUACUUGUGAGCCUUCAACACCACCGCAAAAGAAUUGUUAAAAAAAAGUAACAAACGGUUCGGUGUGCACCACUAGAAGGAAAAGAUUGCAUGCAAUUCAACAUCUGUUUACAUUGCAUAUUAUGUAGAUAAGAAAAGGAAAAUUGUUAUGAUAAGUGUUUUACUCUUCUUUGUGGAUGGCUUGAGAACGAAAAUGGCGACGAAGUUUAUAAUCCUCUUUUUAGUUGUAGUUGAUGCCCUUAGUUCAUCAUGUUAGCAGUUGUGGUCUAUCUUAGAAAAUCAAACUUUAUUAUUAUAUAUUAUUUGUAUUAUAUUGACGAGCGUCCUCAGUUUUUAGCCUAGGGCGCUGUAAUUUUUCGGGAGAGGACGAAAGACAGCUGCCAUGACCUGCCUCCUCGACUCAAGGUGCUAUUACAUUU